AUGGCCUUCGAGGCGCACCCGUUGCCCCCGGAGCGUGCUCCGGGAGCGGCGGCGCCCAUCAAGCUCACGCCGUCGGUCGGGUACUUCAUCACCAUGAACCCGGGCUACGCGGGGCGCCAGGAGCUGCCGGAGAACCUGAAGGUCCUCUUCCGGUGGGUUGCCAUGAUGGUGCCGAACCGCGAGACCAUCAUGAAGGAGCCUUUCCACGAGCAGGCGGCGCUGUGCGGCAUCUUGCAGCAGGAGGCCCCGCAGCACGCGGCCCAGGCGGACUGGUGGUGGAGCUGGCGAGGCGGGCCCCGCAAAAAGGCGCUGGGCCGCCACGUGUUCGUGGUCGACUGCGGGGCCAUAAACUUCAAGCAGCCCGAGCAGGCGCAGUUCGUGGUGCACCUCGUGGACAACAAGCGUUCGGGGCCGUCUAAGCUGCAGAGGGCGCACGCGGGCUGGAAGCGCCUGGGGUCCGCGGGGCGUGCCGCUGGUGUCCACGAGGGCAUAGCCUGGGCGCCACCACCGAGCCCGCAAGAGCGCGGCCGCCCACGCGCGGUGGAACCGCUUCGGCGCGGCCGGCGAUCGCGCGCGCCCCUCAGGCUGGCCAGCAGUACUUGCCCAAGCCAAGGAGAUGAUGGCUGGGCGCCGGUGCCGAGACUGCCGUGGGACGCGGGCUGCGGCGCGGCGGUGACGCACUUGGCCAAGGGGUCCCCCUUCAUGUCUGACGAGGGGCCUCUCCCGGGCUGGACCGUGGCCGCCCUGGAGCAGCGCCACGGCGAGGAGCCCGUCCACGUCGAGCCGAUGGGUGGCAUUGUGUCCUGCACGCCCAAGUGCUCGCACAUCCGCAUUGUGGGCAUGUUCGCUUCGUCGCAGGUGGCGCCAUGGGCACAGGACUACCUUACCAAAGAGCUCGCCACUUUGCGUGGUCACUAUCACAAGCUGGGGGCCGAGAAGAAUAAGCUUAGCAAGCUGGUCAAAGAGAAGGCGAAGUGUAUUGCGACACCGGCGUCAGGAACUGGUGAUCGAGCCAUGGACGUCGAUGGGGGCGACGGCGAGGCGAUGGCGACGGAAGACACGAGCACGAAGAGGUCUGGAAUUCAGGCGCGCAUCGUGCACCACGAGCAGCAUAUCACGGCGAUCGGACAGUAUGAGGGCGCAGACAUUGAUGAGGUCACAUCGGCGAAGGCGCAGCUGGAGUCGUUGCACGGGCAGUUUCGCAAGCUGCGUCCGCCGCAGACGGCUUACAAUAUCGCUUUGCAGAAGUCGGAGCGGCGCAGGCCUGAGCUGGACCGAGCCCGAGCAGAGGCAGGAGGGCAUCGCACGAAAAUCAACAUCAUGCAGAAGGAGCUCAAGGCGAAGGAGGCGAGCACCGCUGCGAAGGAGGCGGAGGUCCGCGCUCUCAACCACGGGGCGGGGCGCAGCAGCGUCAGCUGCGGCGAGCCCAUGCGCAUGGGCGACGUCAAGCGCACGCGCGAGGCGCUCGAGGCAGGGGGCGCCGCGGGCGAGUCCGAGGAUGCGAUCCUCGACCGGAGGUGGAAGAGCUUCAGUCUUGGGCAGGCGCUCGAGUUUGGCAAGUUUUGGCAGUGCCGGGUCGUCGGGAAGAGGGUCGCCUCCCAUCCGCUGGCGUUGCAGUAUUUACGAGGUUUUCUAUUGGACGACGGUAGCUUUGUUGGACAUCAUCUGCUUCAGUGCCCCAUCGAGCACUGCAUGCCGCCGCUGAUUCCACAUGGCUGGGAAGCGAGCAAGUUGCAUAACAUGCACAAGUGCACCGCUGAGGGCACGGCGGCCCGGGGCGCCAAGAUCUCGCGCGCGAGCGGCCUGGGCGCGCCAGGCAGCAUCGAGCCGCGCAUCGUCGGAGGAGACUGGAACAUGGCGGCGGCCACUGCCGAGGAGCCCACCUCCCCUGCGAAUUCGAAUGUCUGCUUGGCGGCGCCCAGCAUGAAAAUGAGCGGGGCCCCGAUGUCGCGUUCUAUCAGUGGCUGUUUUGCGCGGAGUACGGCGGCCGCGCGAUGCUUCGAGAACAUCUACGCCGACGUCGCAUGGGCCAUCGAUACUCGUCGGCCGGUUCAACUUGAGCUUGCGCGCGACGGCCAGUCACUGCGGCACCUGGCGCAUAAGUUUAGGGGCCUCAUCUCGGCGAGGUGGGCGCGGGCAAGUUACGAGGCGAAGGACCUGGUGGCUGUUCAAGCUCGGGUUGAAGGCUGGAAGUGGCUCAGCGGCCCCAUCGCCUUCCACGCUCAGCCGAACGAUUUCGCGAAGUUCUACGAAGAGAUCAACAUAGGCGGACCGCAGUUCGAGUUCGACGGCAUGAACGCGAUGGAGUUGGCGACGUGGUCAUCAAUGUCCGUGCGGUUGCAGAAUAUGACCGAUAUGUUAGUCUACAUGCGCCAGCGGCUUUCCCAUCAUACAUUGAUGACACUGCAGUUGGAGUUCAUCGCCGCGACGUUGAUGAAGUUGUGGAGCGCGCAGUUCGGGCUGCCCGUGACUUGCAAGCAGUUGCUAAGAGAUGCGAAGGUACAAGCGAUCACUACCUACGAUGCAGGGCACCGUUCGGACAUAUCCAUCGUAUUGACGCACGCCCUGCAUGCAUUUACGGAGCUGAAAUCAGUGGGUUUCGAGAUGUUGAACUUGCCGAUUUGCGCCGCAGCACCUCGCGCAGACUACGCCGUAGCGCGGCCGACCUGCCAACUGGAGUUUAUCAAUGGGGGCCGUUGGAGCGAGCAGCACUUCGCAGUCAGCGCGCGGGCUGGACAGCGCGCAGUGGAGCCCAGUCGGGAGAUCACCUUGGGCUGGGCGCUCGCGCUGACCAUGUGUCGCCGCCAGUCCGCGAGGUUCACGGAUGGGAACAUAGCCGCGGACGUCUACGCGAAGAAGGCUGCGAAGAUCCACCAGCCAGCGCGCGUAGUGCUCGCAGAGCAGGUACACGAGAGGGGGCCGCUGGACAACAAGGCGUGGGGCUACGCCUGCUGCCGGAGCCUCGACCGCAAGCGCCGCCGGUGCCCCUCCACCCCUGGCGGCCCAGCGGAGGGCGCCGCGGAGGUGAAGGUCACGAGGCGCCUGGCCGAUCUCCUCGAGCGGUGCCCCGCCUUCACCGGCGAGGUGCCCACGCCGGAGCAGGAGAAGGGACUGGACGAUAGAGGAGCUGUCGAACUUCGUCUUCAGCAACGGCCUCAUCAGGCCCGCGCGCAAGAGGGGGUCCCAGCGGGCCGAGCCCUCGGCCGCCGACUGGAAGGAGCUGGACCUCAAGGACCGACCGGGGGGGGGGGGGCUCCGACGCGGACACGGUGA